GUUCCCUCGCAGCCUCGCAGGUCCAUUAUAUAUCCUGUCGACGAGGAGUGCCGAGCCCGAAGCUUGUGCUCGCCUCGUGUCGCUUCACUGUGCUUCUCCUCUCUUGCGCACUCUCUCUGCUUCUUCUGUCGCGGGAACGGCUGGUCUAAUGGGGAAGUGUUAUCCGACCGUGAGCGAGGAGUACGAGAAGGCCGUUGGGAAGUGCAAGAAGAAGCUCCGAGGUCUCAUCGCCGAGAAAAACUGUGCUCCGCUCAUGCUUCGUCUCGCAUGGCACUCUGCGGGUACUUACGAUGUGAAGACGAAAACAGGCGGUCCGUUUGGAACCAUGAAGCAUGCAGCUGAGCUCGCUCAUGAGGCCAAUAAUGGUCUUGACAUAGCCGUUAGGUUGUUGGAGCCCAUCAAGGAGCAGUUUCCUAUUCUCUCUUACGCUGACUUUUAUCAGUUGGCUGGUGUUGUUGCCGUGGAAGUCACUGGCGGACCUGAAAUUCCGUUCCACCCAGGAAGAGAGGAUAAACCAGAACCACCUCCUGAGGGUCGUCUUCCUGAUGCCACUAAGGGCUCUGAUCAUUUGAGAGAUGUGUUUGGUCACAUGGGUUUGAGCGAUCAGGAUAUUGUUGCUCUCUCUGGUGGCCAUACCCUGGGAAGAUGCCACAGAGAAAGAUCUGGAUUUGAGGGACCUUGGACUACCAAUCCUCUCAUUUUUGAUAACUCCUAUUUCAAGGAGCUAUUGACUGGUGAUAAGGAAGGUCUCCUUCAGCUGCCAUCUGACAAGGCUCUUCUCACCGAUCCUGUUUUCCGUCCACUCGUUGAAAAAUAUGCUGCAGAUGAAGAUGCCUUCUUCGCUGACUACGCGGAAGCUCACCUAAAACUCUCUGAACUUGGAUUUGCGGAUGCCUAAGCAGCUGGUAUUGGGAUUCCAUGUUUGACGCAAACAUUCACUGCGAUGCGGCUAAAAUUCGAUGGAUACGUUCCUUGGUGUGAUCUUUGCUAUGGACAUGUUACAUUAAUGGAAAAACUUAGGUGGUAUGAUGUGAGCGUGCCUUUGAUUUGAAAAACUCAAAGCUUUCUAAA